CGUCGAGAUUAAAAGGGACAUCAUAUAAAAGGAAUAAAAACACGGAAAUAAAUCUGCAACUUGUUUAAAGAGUGAUUCAUCUCUGCAUUUAAAAUAACCAGAAAUGAAAUAUGAUAUUUCUCUAAAGGAGAAUAAUUUCCCACAUCCUCUGUGAAUGAAAAGCGUGGAAGAAAAUUAAUAAUUUAUAGUAGACCGAAUGGCACCUCUUACCAAUUUAAUUUUAUGCAGUACGAUAGAAAAAGAUUGCAACGGUGACGUGCUGUGGACCUGGUCUUAUCCCUGCAUCUCGGAAUCGCAGAAGGCUGCGAUAAGCAGGAAAUGUUAUUUACAUGCUGAGCAAAAUCAGAACGUUCCUUCGUUCACCUGUGCACGACACGGUCACGAAUGGUUUUUUAUUCACUGCAGUGAAGUCUUUGACUCUGAUAAAUUACCAAAGGUGAAGCAGUUCGCCUUAAUCCUCUUUACAAAAGACUUUAAUCCAAGCAAGUAUGAGACUUUAUGCCGCAUUUUGAGCAAAACGUACUGCAAAAGUGGAAACCCAACGGAGAUUCUCCAACUUUACCUCUCGGUGUACACGAAAGGUACUUGUACAACGCAAGAAAAUGGAACCUUUAUAUCUGAUGAAUUUACCAGCCAUUGCUUCGAGUCGAACACCAACAUUAAGGAACUCAUUAAAACGUUCGAAUUGGAGACUAUUUUAAUAUACACCGCGCUUCUGUUAAAGAAAAGAAUUAUAGUUUAUCAUCACAGCUUGGAACAGCUUCUUAGAUGGAUCGUCACAUUCCCUGCGUUAAUGAAGCACCGCAACUUAACGGAAUACUUAUUUCCCUGGAUAGAACUGAUACCAGAUGAGCUGAACGACUUAAAGAAAUAUACAUAUUACGUAGCUGGCUGCAGGGACAGCUCGAUUUCCUCGAAAACUGAAUUGUAUGACUUGCUUGUCAAUUUACCGGCGAGAGAAAUUACUGUCGCUUCGCAUGCGAAAGAAAGCUUAACGAUGACAAAGACGCAUAAAGAAAUCGCUCUCUUUAUGGUCCAGCUCUGCGAGAAACAAUGUACCGAGUCGCAGAUAAUAUCGGAAAUCGCAGAGAAAACGCAAAUCUUGUUAGAACAAUUAAAAUCUUUGGCAACAAUCCACACCCCGGAAGGUAGAAAAAUGGUGUCUAUUGAGAUAUUUAAAGAGAGAAACUUGGCUCCCGCAGUUGAGAAUUUCCUCAUCAACCUGGCGAUAGCUGAGAACCUUUUUAUGUUGUAAUAUAAACUAAAACGAAUCGUUUCCGAAGAAGUUCCAAAUCAACAAGGCUCCAUUGUACAUCGUUGCUGUAAAAAUUCAAUAUUAUUAAAUUACACUUACAUUAAGAAAUUAAAUAUUUAUCCUACCCAGCUGCGUAUUAUCAGGACUGCAAAUCAG